AUGAGAAGAGUCCUAUCACUUGCCCUCCCAUCAAGCAAGACCGCCACAGACAUUCUCAAUCCUGACAACCAUGUCACCUCCAAGCAAUACAGACCUGAAAAAGAAGAACAAGGAUCAUCAUUACACAGACGUGCACGGCCUGCCAUGCAUUGAGAAGAUCGUGGCCUCUGUGGAUGAGACCCCAGAGGCCAUCAGCACUAAGAUCAGUGGAACUAUCCCAGAGUGGAUUAGUGGCAAUUUCCUCAGAAACGGACCAGGAAAGUUUGAGAUUGGUAAUAAUAAAUUCAACCACUGGUUUGACGGAAUGGCCCUCCUGCAUCAGUUCAAAAUCGCAGGGGGUCAGGUGACCUACAAGAGCCGCUUCCUGGGCAGUGACUGCUACACGGCUAACAGUGAGAACAGACGCAUCGUUGUGUCUGAAUUCGGGACUGUGGCCAUGCCAGACCCCUGCAAGAACUUCUUCCAGCGCUUUCUGUCCCGGUUCGAACUGCCAAAAGCGUCAGAUAAUGACAAUGUGAGCUUUGUGACGUACAAAGGUGAUUACUACGUGAGCACGGAGACAAACUUCAUGCACAAGGUGGACCCUGAGACACUUGAAACAAAGGAAAAGGUGGACUGGAGCAAAUUUAUCGCUGUCAAUGGAGCCACUGCCCACCCCCACACAGACCCUGAUGGUACAACAUACAACAUGGGGAAUUCUUACUCUGCUAAAGGUGCAAUUUACAAUAUAAUCCGCGUGCCUCCGACAAAGACAACGCCAGAGAACUCAGAGGAAACCCUGGAGGGAGCUACUGUGGUCUGUUCUAUUCCCUCAGUAGACAAGGCAAGACCUUCAUACUACCACAGCUUUGCAAUGUCGGAGAAUUACGUGGUGUUUAUUGAGCAGCCUAUAAAAAUGGACCUCUUGAAGAUUGUUACAGGCAAGCUGAGAAGAAAGGGUAUCAGCGAUGGGGUCUACUGGGACCCUAAACUUGAGACCAUCUUUCAUUUGAUUAACAAGCAAACAGGCAAGCUCUACUCAGUCAAGUAUCACGCCAAAGCCCUGUCCACGUUCCACCAGAUCAAUGCCUGGGAGGAGGAUGGCUUCCUGGUUAUGGACCUCUGUGCCGCAGACGAUGGCAAAGCCAUCAACAACUACAUGGUUCAGAACAUGCGCAAGUCAGGAGAGGCUCUCGACGAGGUGUACAACACUAUGUGCAGAGUGUUCCCCCGGCGAUUUGUCUUGCCUCUCAACGUCAACAUGGAGACACCCUGUGGGCAAAAUCUGAACACACGCCCCGACAGUACCGCCACUGCCACCAAGACUGCUAAGGACAAGGUGUUUUGUACACAUGAGGAUCUGCACGAUGAGGAACUCCAUAAGUACGGAGGUCUCGAGUUCCCACAAAUCAACUAUGCCAAGUACAACACCAAACCAUAUCGCUACUUCUAUGGUUGCGGUUUCAGACAUCUAGUAGGAGACACUCUCAUCAAGAUGGACCUCCAAGGCAAAAGAAUGAAGGUGUGGGAGCAUCCUGGACUGUACCCUUCAGAGCCUGUCUUUGUACCCUUGCCUGGCGCUACAGAAGAGGAUGAAGGUGUCAUUAUGUCUGUGAUCAUCACCCCAAAUAAGGACAAAAGCACGUUCCUGUUGGUUUUGGAUGCCAAAACAUUCAAAGAGUUGGGCAGAGCUGAGGUGCCUGUGAACAUUCCCUAUGGUUUCCAUGGGACAUUCAACUCCACUAUGACUCAUAGAAGGCUUCUAUCAGAAAAAAAUUAGGAGGCCCAUCAGAGUAACAACACAAAGGUGUGAAUUGUACUGUGUUCUCCAUUUUUCAUUUCUUGUAAAGUAUAUCCUUUCUGAUGAUUGACUAGCAGAUAGCCAUCAAAGCACCUUAUUGUGAAGUUUACUUUAAAGCACUGUGAAAGACUUGUUAGUUCCAUGCAAACAAAGAAAAUGUGUGUCCACUCCUGUUUUGUGAAUAUAUCAAUCCUCUAUAUAAACAACUUAUAAUACAAAUAUGUAUUAAGAAAAGUCAUGGGCAAAUGUUUUAUAACUUUUUUUCACUCACCACCAAAAAGGUAGUAAUAAAUCUUUCAAAAAUAUUAUUAGAAAAAGUGAAAUAUAGGCUAUGAUAACACCACCCAAUAUUCCAUGUGAUACACAGAUGAAUUAGUUCUAGUCUGAAUGGAAUCCAUUGACACGUGUGGUCAUUCACACAACACAGUUACAGUGCCUUGCGAAAGUAUUCGGCCCCCUUGAACUUUCAUACC